AUGGAGAGCAAACGCCAGACCCUUCUUCUGCCGCUUAUCCUAGCCGGAAUCCUCUCCGUCCAGCUCACCUCCGCCGUCGAUUUCCUCUUCAACGGCUUCAAUGCGGCCGGCAGCGUCUCACUCUACGGCACCGCCGCCGUGGAAUCCAACACCCUCUCGCUCACUCAGCGAUCCUCUUUCUCCAUCGGCCGCGCUCUGUACCCUUCGAGGAUCCCCGCGAGAUGGCCCAACUCCUCCGUCGUCAUCCCCUUCUCGACUUCGUUUAUCUUCGCCAUGGCGCCGUACGAGGGCUUGCUCCCCGGGCACGGCCUGGUUUUCCUGUUCGUGCCGCACGCGGGGAUCGAGGGCUCGAGCUCGGCGCAGAAUCUAGGGUUUCUGAACUUCACCAACAAUGGGGAUUCGGAUAAUCACGUGCUGGGAGUCGAAUUCGACUGCUUCAUGAACCAGGAGUUUAAUGAUAUUAGCGAUAAUCAUGUCGGGGUUGAUGUUAAUUCGCUCGUCUCUGUGCGCGCUCACGAUGCGGGCUAUUACGUGGGUGAAGACGAUGAUUCGUUUGAGGAUUUGGAUCUGAAUAGUGGGAGAAACUAUCAGGUGUGGAUUGAUUAUGUAAACAGUACUCUUAAUGUGGCUAUGGCGCCCGUGGGGCUAAGAAGGCCUGAUCGGCCGUUGCUGAGUGUCGCUCUCAACCUCUCGGAGGUUUUCGAGGAUGAAAUGUAUGUUGGGUUUACUGCAUCCACCGGAGAUUUGAUUCAGAGCCACAGGAUUUUAGGUUGGAGUUUUAGCAACACGAAUUUUUCGCUGAGCGAGGGUUUGAUUACAGAGGGUUUACCGUCAUUUGUUCUUCCGGGAACUCCGAUUUACAGAACCAGAGGUUUCAUUGCAGGUUUAAGCACCGCUGCUGUGUUGUUCGCCAUUGUUUGCUCUACUGUAGCUUACAUGUUUGUUAUAAGACCCAGGAGAAAAAAGAGAAAAAAUAGGGAUGAAGAAUUUGAAGAUUGGGAAUUAGAAUAUUGGCCUCACAGAAUUAACUACGAAGAAAUUGAUUCUGCAACCAAAGGCUUUGCAGAGGAAAAUGCUGUCGGAACAGGCGGCAAUGGUAAAGUCUAUAGAGGCAUUUUGCCAGGAGGAGCCGAGAUUGCCGUGAAACACAUUUCACACGAAAAUGACAAAGGCACACGAGCUUUCUUGGCCGAAAUAUCGAGCCUCGGGCGUGUAAAGCACCGAAACUUGGUCAGUUUAAGAGGGUGGUGCAAGAAAGACAAAAACAGCCUAUUCGUAGUAUACGAUUACAUGGAAAACGGAAGUCUCGACAAAAGGGUGUUCGAAUCUGACGAGGAGAAAACACUGAGUUACGAGGAUCGAAUACGAAUCCUAAAGCAAGUGGCUUCCGGAUUACUAUACCUGCACGAGGGUUGGGAAGCCACUGUUCUCCACCGAGACAUCAAAGCCAGCAAUGUCUUGCUCGAUCAGGAAAUGAACGCGAGGCUCGGAGAUUUCGGGCUUGCCCGUAUGCACGACCACGAUAAGACUGCGGGGACCACGCGAGUGGUGGGGACGGCCGGUUAUCUUGCACCGGAGUUCAUCAAGAAUGGCCGGGCCUCGACAAAAACAGAUGUUUUCAGUUACGGGGUUUUGAUUCUAGAAGUUGUCUUUGGCCGGAGGCCGGUGGAGGAAGGCCAGCCACCGCUAGUGGAUUGGGUGUGGGGGCUUUUGAAGAAGGGUGAGUUGCUAACCGCAGUUAAGGGCAAACCAUGGUUAAGGAAUGGAGAGGAAAUCGAGAAGGUGAUUCAUUUGGGUUUGUUGUGUGCUCAUCCGGAUGCGAAUACCAGGCCUUCUAUGAGGCAGGUUGUGAAAUUUUUCGAGGGGAAGAGUGAACAUGAGGAGGGAGGGAUGGAUGUUUAUCUCUUGGAGAGGUUGAGGGGAUUUGGUGAUGGUUUUGGUUCGGGUUCUUAUCCGACGUUCUCGGAUAUUAGACGAGGAGCGAAAUCUUCUAUAUCGAUUUCUUGGAGCGAUAGUACCAUUCUUGUGGCUGCCUUCCGAAAACCGGCAGUCUUUUGCAUCAUAACCGAGUAUUUGCCCGAGGGCUCCCUUAGAGCAUACCUCCACAAAUACAAGGACUCUCUUCCCAUGCCCAAGCUAAUCUCGAUGGCUCUCGACAUAGCAAAGGGAAUGGAAUACAUACAUUCUCAGGGAGUUAUUCACAGGGACCUCAAACCUGAAAAUAUCCUCAUAACUCACGAUUUUCACCUCAAAGUAGCUGAUUUCGGCAUAGCUUGUGAAGAGGCUUACUGUGACUUGCUGGCGGAUGACCCAGGCACUUACCGAUGGAUGGCGCCUGAGAUGAUUAAGCGGAAAAAAUACGGGCGAAAAGUUGAUGUGUACGGUUUUGGGCUUAUCUUGUGGGAGCUCGUGGCUGGGGCUAUACCGUACGAGGAUAUGACACCUAUACAAGCUGCAUUUGCUGUGGUGAACAAGAACUUGAGGCCAGCUGUACCUAAGGACUGUGCCCCAGCAAUGAAAGCUUUGAUCGAACAAUGUUGGUCCUUGCAUCCGGACAAAAGGCCCGAGUUCUGGCAGAUUGUGAAGGUUCUAGAAGAAUUUGACUCGUCACUUGCUCUCGAUGGAACCUUGAAUCUCGUGCAGAACCCGAUUUUCCAUGACCCCAAGAAGGGAUUUCUCCACUGGAUUCAAAAACUCGGUCACCAGAACACUUCUUCAUCUGGGCCUAAACCUAAAUUUACUUGA